UGCAUACAGCUUUAGAAAUAUUAGUGAGGAUGGUGCCAUAUGGCUAGAAUUAUUACUAGUGUAUAUGAUUUAAAACUUUAACACAUGCAACUAAUUAAGUACUCUAACGUAUGAAAAUAGUACUGCAUAUUUAAAGUGAAUUGUAGCUUUUCACAUUGCAGACAAGUUGUACAUACAGUGCAUAUGGUUUAUUAUAUAUGAAAUCAUUGUUACAGACUUUGGGUCAGUAUGUGAUUUAUUGUUUGACAAACUAGUUAGGCGCUAUUAAGUGUACAUAGUUGCAUAUAUUGAUGAAUUAUUAAAAAGUACCAGUUAUUCCAAAACGUUGUGUGUACUUCUGUUAAUGAGGGGUGACAAGGGCACAAUUAUUAAUAGCAAUACUUCUUUCUCCAGCUUCUAAUGUCUUCAAGACUGAUCUUCAGAAGUUUAGCACUGCAAGCCUGUGACACUUUGUUCCAUCCCGCAAAAUACGAUUGGCUGCCAAGUAUCCAAUUUACAUAAACGUAACAAUAAAAUGGCCCGAAAGAAACGGGAUAUGAAUAAUUCCAAGACUUGUAGGCAAGUUUAGUCAGAACUUGAGCUUUGAGCGAGCAUUCGAGGUAACCCACUACGGAAAAGCCCGAUCUUUCAAACGGAUUCUAGUUCAAAAGUGGACAGAAUAAGCUGGACCAAUGAUGACCAGUGAAACAGACAAAAGUACAUUUACUGUUCCAUUCCCUCGACACCCUUUCCGCCGCCUCCUCCUCCUAGUACUUUUAACCACCCCGAGAGCCGACGGCUUAACAGCCAAGUACUCCAUCUCCGAGGAGGAGCCGCCCGGCACCGUGAUCGGAAACCUGGCGGCAGACCUGCAGCUGGAAGCGGCGGGCAGCUUCCGCCUGAUGCAAAAGUCCAACUGGUCUCUGGUGGAAGUCGGCGAGAGCGACGGGCAGCUGACGGUCGGGGGCCGCAUCGACCGGGAGCAACUGUGCCGCCAGCAGUCGGGAGCCGAGCCGUGCCUGUUGCUCUUCGACGUGGUGAACCUGUCCGGGGACAAGUUCCUGCUGAUCCGCGUCGAGGUGCGAGUGCGGGACAUCAACGACCACGCCCCCGAGUUCGGGCGCUCGGAGCUGCGGGUGGAAAUCAGCGAGAGCUCGGCGCCGGGCACUCGCGUCCCGCUGGAGGCGGCUCUCGACGCCGACGUGGGCGCCAACUCGUUGCAGAAGUACCGGCUGUCGCCGAGCCGCCCUUUCGCGCUGGAGCUGCGCCGCGGCGCCGACGGACUCGCCCACGCCGAGCUGGUGCUGGUCGAGGCGCUGGACCGCGAGAGCCAGGCCGAGUUGGUGCUGCAGCUGGAGGCCGAGGACGGCGGCGACCCGCCGCGGACAGGGGCGGCCCUGCUCCGGGUCCGGGUGCUCGACUCCAACGACAACGGCCCGGCCUUCGAGCGCAGCUCGUUCGCGGUGGAGCUGCGGGAAGACGCGCCGCCCGGCUCGCUGCUGCUCCAGCUGGAGGCCGCCGACCCCGACCUGGGCCUCAACGGCGAGGUGGUCUACAGCUUCAGCCCGCAGCUGCCCGCUGCCGUCCGCCGCCUCUUCCGCCUCGACGCGCAGACGGGCCGGCUGAGCCUGGCCGGGCCGCUGGACCGAGAGAGCAGGGCGAGCUUCCAGCUGGAGGUGCGCGCCCACGACCGCGGGGUCCCGCCGAGCGCCGCCGCCGGCUGCACCGUCACCGUGCGCGUCCUCGACGUCAACGACAACGCGCCCGAGAUCGGCAUCGCGCCGCUGGCCCCGGGCGGCGGCCUGGCCUACAUCAGCGAGGCGGCGGCGCCGGGCAGUCUGGUGGCGCUGGUCAGCACCUCGGACAGGGACUCGGGGGCCAACGGCCGCGUCUCCUGCUCGCUCUCCGGGCACGAGCACUUCGAGCUCCGGCCGGCCUACGGCUCCAGCCACAUGGUGGUGACGGCGGCGCCGCUGGACCGGGAGCGGGCCGCCCAAUACAACCUGACGCUGCUGGCCGAGGACCUGGGCGCCGAGCCGCGCCGCACCGUGCGCACCCUCACCGUGCGCCUGACCGACGAGAACGACAACGCGCCCGCCUUCUCCCGCCGCCUGCACCGAGUCUCCGUGCUGGAGAACAACCAGGCCGGCACCUACCUGACCACCGUGGUGGCCCGCGACCCCGACCUGGCCGUCAAUGGCCGGGUCACCUACCGCUUGCUGGGACCCGGCUCGGCCCUGGCCUCGGUAGACCCGGCCAGCGGCGCCAUCUACGCGCUGCGCUCCUUCGACCGCGAGUCGCUGCCCGAGGCCCAGCUCUUGCUGCAGGCCACCGACGGCGGUUCCCCGCCGCUCAGCAGCUCGGCCACCGUCCUCCUCACCGUGGCCGAUCGCAACGACAACGCGCCGGUCAUCACGCACCCGCCGCCGCCGGGCAACGGCUCGUCGUGCGUCAUCACGCUCCCGCGCGACGGCGGCGCCGGUUACCUGGCAACGCGCGUGCGGGCCCGGGACGCCGACGAAGGGGUGAACGCGAAGCUGAGCUUCCGGCUGCUGAGCGGCGCCCAGGCCGGGCUCUUCACCAUCGACAGCGGCAGCGGCGAAAUCAAGCUGGGCCGCCGGCCGCUCGGGCUCGGGCCCGGGGCCCUGCGGCUUGUCGUGGCCGUCAGUGACGGCGGCUGGCCCGCCCUGUCCGCCACCGCCACUCUGCAGUUCGCGGUGGCGGCGGCCGAGGCUGACGGGGGCAACGCGCCGCUGCGGCCGGAGAACCGGAGCUGGGACACAUCGUUAGUGGUCAUCGUGGUGCUGGCAGGCGGCUGCGCGGCCCUACUCAUGGCCAUUGUCCUAAUCGCCACAGCGUGCGGGAGAGUCAGCAAGCCGGUCGCGUGGGAGGAAGCCCAGCUACCGAGGGGCAGGUUCGCCGUGAGGGUCGGCGCCCCCGGAGACGGCCGAUAUGAAGGUGCCACGGCACCAGAGCUCGCCGGAGGCGGAGUGAAGGUGUUCCCGACCGUGGGGAGUCACACAGCCACCGAGCCGCAGCACUUCUCUCCCACCUCUGGGUUUGGCCAAACACUUCAUCCCGUCGCAAUCUGGCAAGGCAAACAGUUUACUUUCAGUAAAAGCGAACUUGCAAAUCAAACUCAGGACAGAUUCAGCGGAAAAGACAGUGGGAAAGGAGACAGUGACUUCAAUGAUAGUGACUCUGAUAUCAGCGGUAUCGGCCUAAGCAAAAGCAAUGCACCCAGUCAGAAGCAAAAUGGUUUACGGUCCUGCACCAGUGAAUGCAAGCUCCUUGGCCACUCGGAUCGCUGCUGGAAUCCAUCUUCCCAAGGGCCAAAGUCUUAUUCAUCCACAGGCACAGCUGAACACCUCAACACUUUUGGGAAAAGCACUUCACUCCCACGUGAACACCUCCGAAAAGACACUUACUACCAAGCACUUCUACCAAAAACGGCAGGCCUGCAAAGUGUGUAUCAGAAGGUCACCUGCAAUGAAUCAGAAACUGUAACAUCUGUUAUUGUACCACAAUUUCAUUCUGUGGGAUUAAACAAUCACAGCUCAAGAUUAAUAUCUCAUUGAUCGAUAUAGCACUGAGCAUAUUCCACAGGUUUUUUUAAAUUACUGAAUUUGUGCAAUAUAUUGAUAGUAUACAUAAUAUAAACAUUAUUUUUAUAAUUGUACAAACUAAUUGAUUCCAUGUUGUUGUAUAAAUGAAUAAUACAAAACAUAAAAAUGAAUGUAAAUGUAAGUUAAUGCUACUUUAUAUAUAUUUUUUUAAAGUUGCCUAUUGUGUGGAUCAUAGUUGUUAAUUCCACCUUGUUGUAUAGAGUGUUAGUUGCUAAAUUACUGGACUAGUAGCCUGAGUUCUGAACCAUUAAUCCAGAGGCAUGGAUUUGAAUCGCCCAAAACAACUAGGAACUUACAUUCAGUCUAUUAAAUAAACUUGGAAUUAAAUGUUAGUCUCAGAAAAGGUAACUGAAGCUACUGGAUUGUUUGUCAGUGAAAUCCAGCUGGUUCAGUAAAGACAUUUAGAGAAGGAAAUAUGUAAUUCUUGCCUAAUAUAACCCAUACAAUUUUUAAGAUUGUGUUUGACUUUUAUGUACCUCCUCAGGAUGGGCGCAAUUAGGAGUGAAUAAUAAAUGCUGGAAUGGAUCCAACAAAGAAAUAUAAGUGAAUGAAUGAUGUUUUGACUUUUUUGUGUUAUUAGUGCAGAAUGUACAGAUUUAAAUAAUUCAUACAAAUGUUAAUAAAAUUUGGGAGCUCUUUGUA